AUGAGUCACAAAGUCUCCAAGAAGUUAGAAGAAGAGCAAAUCAAUGAGCUCCGGGAGGUUUUCCGGUCAUUUGAUCGGAACAAAGACGGAAGCUUAACCCAGCUCGAGCUCGGGUCACUUCUCCGAGCAAUCGGUCUCAAACCGAGUCCAGACCAAUUCGAGACGCUAAUCGACAAGGCGGACACUAAAAGCAACGGGCUUGUCGAGUUCCCGGAGUUCGUGGCUUUAGUCUCCCCUGAGCUUCUUUCUCCGGUGAAGACAACCAAGACUCCUUACACGGACGAGCAGCUUCUUCGUUUGUUUAGGAUAUUCGAUACGGACGGUAACGGGUUUAUCACUGCGGCGGAAUUGGCUCAUUCCAUGGCCAAGCUUGGCCACGCUUUGACGGUGGCGGAAUUGACGGGGAUGAUUAAGGAGGCGGAUAGCGACGGAGACGGCCGGAUUAAUUUCCAGGAGUUCGCUAAGGCUAUUAAUUCUGCUGCAUUUGAUGAUUUAUGGGGUUGA